GUUUUAUUGACUUUAGUGUGAAACAUUUUGUUUCAGAACCGUUAAAACGUCUGCAGAAUAAUUACCAAACAUGUUACGAGAUGGUGUGUUCGAAUUUAUGAACCGCUGCGCAGACGUAUGGUGUAUGACAUCACAGUACCGCUGCUGUGCUUUCGAAUCGCUCUCGCGGUACUGUGAUGUCACACGCGCUACAUUAUGCGCAGUCCUGCACUAAGUCGAACACCUAGUUCAGUGAUCUGCCGAUUUUUACACUCCAUUUAGCGUGCAGCGACAUCUGGUGGUCUUUACUGAAAACGCGCUUUGUAAAGACAGCUUCGUUGUUCAUAAUGGAGGCAUUUUAAGCUUGCUUGUGUCUGCUGGUAGUGUAAAUUCUUCACCGACAGAGGGACACUCGUGUGAUUCCUUCACAUGUUGUCGCGUGUCCGGAGAUUCUUUAGUUUUACUUUUAUCACUAUCGUAUCUAUCUAGUACAGAUUUCAUAUUUAACUAGUACAGAAUUGCAUAUCAGAAUCUGCAACAGAAUCCUUUGGAGGGAUUUUAGUCAUCAUGGCUGAACAUUUAUCCCAGAGUGAACUGGAUUACCCUUUCAAACUCUUGGAAUAUUUAAACGGAUUCAGGAUCUCCAAGGCGAUAUUUUCAGCAUGCGAGUUAGGCGUGUUUGAACUUCUGCUAGAAUCUGAAAAGCCCCUGACUGCAGGUGAGAUGGCCCAGAAGCUUGGCACCAGUGAAGAUGGACUCGAACGUUUACUGGAUCUGCUGGUCGCCAUUGAGAUUUUGAAUGUGGAAGUUGUACAGGGAACAGCCUAUUACAACAGUACAGAUGUUGCUAAUCUGUACUUGGCUAAAUCUAGUCCGAAAUCUUUACACACUUCAAUCAUCUACCAAUCUCAGACCAUCUAUCCGCUCUGGAACAAUCUAGCAGAUGCUGUUCGGGAAGGCAAAAACCAGAAUGAGAAAACCUUCGGCCUUCCGUCUGAAGAAAUCUUCUCUGCCAUAUACAGGUCAGAAGAUGAGAUGCUGAAGUUUAUGGGUCUGAUGAACUCUACAUGGGUCAUUGACGGCCAUGACAUAGCAACAGCAUUCGAUCUCUCCGGUUUCAAGUCAAUCAUAGAUUUAGGGGGGUGUUCUGGUGCAUUAGCGCGGGAGCUGGCGAAAGAAUAUCCAUCCUCCACCAUCACGGUUCUGGAUCUUCCAGAUGUGAUCCAGUCUGCUCUGCGACAUUUCGCCCAGGAAGGUGACACCAUCCGUUUUCAGGAGGGGGACUUUUUUGAUGGAGAAAUCCCUUCUGCAGAUUUGUACAUUCUGGCCCGUAUCGUUCAUGACUGGAAAGAUGAUAAAAAUCUCAAGCUUUUGAGAAAGAUUCAUACAGCAUGUAAUACAGGUGGAGGUGUUCUGAUUGCAGAGGCGCUGCUGUUUGAGAACCGUCGAGGUCCAACUGUGGCUCAGAUGUUUUCUUUAAACAUGCUUGUCCAGACAGAAGGGAAAGAGCAUCCACCCUCUCAUUACACACAUCUGCUCAAUGAAGCUGGAUUCAGAGACGUGCAGGUUUGUCGGACCGGAAAAUCAUACGAUGCUAUUUUGGCCCUCAAAUAAACCUAUCCCGUUGGGUAUCAAAACUGACCCCUUCUGCCUUAUCCACACAACUGUUAUGUUAGACACAUUCAAUGGUUAUCUGUUGUUUCAUCUAGUUUUGUGUCUCCUGCCUUGUUAUAUGCAAAUAAGAUUGUUUUAUCCAAUCCAUGUUAUUGAUCUCAUAUAUAUGCAACAAGAACAUUAACCCAGGGUUAGGAAAUGUAGCGUUUGAAAUGAUUAAACCUCACUAGUCAAGAUUAAUUAUUAACCCAGUGUAAUCUAUUUAUCAUAUAAAACAUGACAACCUUAGGGUAACAAUUUUAAGCGUUACAAGCCCUUUUUUGUUGUAGAUAUUUUUGAACCAAACUCUCUUGACCUACACAAGUGGCUUUAAAGGGAGUAUGUUAAGGACUUUUUUAUAUUUGUUCAGAGAUGUUUAAAAACUAAGCUCCUUCCUCACUUCAGUCCAGAAUAUGAAGGUUAUGGCUAAAAGGGAUACAGCUACGGCCAAAUCUCGCGAUAUGUUCAAUUUGGGGGCGUAGGAUUAGGAUGAAAACAGCGCUCCUCCGGCGAGAUUUCGGCCAUAGCUGUGUCCCUUCUAGCCACAACUCUUCAUGCGGCGCCGGACAAACCGACAGGCGGAUGACGUCAAGGUACCGCGAGAGCAAUUCGAGAAAUGAUAUGGAGAAGUCUAUUUUCGAAUCGCUCUCGCGAUAGUUUAAUGUCAACAGCUUGUCAGUUUUUACAGCGCCGCAUGAAGUCGAACAAGCCUGUAGUCUUAUUGAGACAUGGUUACGUGUGACACCUAGUGGUGUUUUUAUGAACUACCACAAACUUUUUAUUAAUACGUAACACAUAAACUGAUUUUUAACUCAGACAUUCAGAAAAGUCUCCAUGUUAUUUCCUGACUUGAUUUGUUUCUGUCUCGCUUACAUUUCACGUGUGAUGUGAAAUAUUCCUAACACAAUUAGUUUGCCCAACCCUUUACAGGAAAGACAUAAAGAUUUGUUUGUGGCUUGUAUGUGUGCAAUGUACCUUUUAGUGAAAUCGUGCACAACCCUGGCCUUCGGCUACACUUUUAUAUUUGUCCUAGAAGAAUAAUCUUUAAAUAAAAGGAAACGAUAAACAA